CUCAAAAUUGAGCUAAAAAUCAUUAAUGAAGCAAAUUGCCAAAUCUCUCUCGAAAACUCUCGCUGUGGGUUCAAGAAAAGGCGUACGUAAUGAGCAUAGCUGGCAAGGAUUGUCAACCAAGUACAACAACAGCAGCAACAAACCCAACCCCAACUACAGGUGGCCUCCUGGACGCACUCUAUCUGCAAUUGCUUCAGUUGAUUGAGGAGCGUACGGAACAGCAGCUGACACUGGCGGAGCAUACGAAACGAGGCAGUGUGCUCUUGGCACGCACGAGAUUACAGCAGGGGCAUUGGAGUGCGCCGGCACAGCUGCCAAGGACGAGACCCUACAAGGCGCUCUGUCGUCUUGUGCAGCAGGCCCUGCCCGAUUGCUUGAGCGGCACACUCUUCCGGCUGCUCAGGUACACGGUGGAGCCGGAACGCGGCUAUGUGGCGCCUGAAAAACAUAUUUUCGGCUCCCUCUUGCCGCUCAGUCUGCGUGUGGCGGGCAAGAAGUUCGAACGUUGCAUCGACCUAGUCGUGGAGUGUGCGAACGUGCAACGAGAGCUGCAAGCAGUUGUUGCGGCCAUCGAACGCCUGAAACGGACCUUGGACAGGCGGCAUUGUGGCAAUGAAACACAGGCGACUAGCCUCACCUAA